AUGGAUGAUUCAGAAUAUUUUACAAUCGAAAGCACGACCGCUAGCGUCCUUCAGCUAAAGUCUGUGGACAGAGAAAAGAUCGGUAACAACGUGACACUUCAUAUCACAGCCACAGAUCACGGGUCUCCCCCAAAGUCUACCCGAACGUUGCUCGUGGUUAACAUCGUUGACGUCAACGACAAUGCCCCCUUCUUCUCUCCUGAGCAACAGGUGCAGACCUUUACAGUUAGCAAGAUGACCCCGAUCAACACAACAAUCGACCGCGUGGCCUUUACAGAUGAAGAUGAACCCUCAACGUCAGCUCCACGUUUCGCAACUGUAGUCAACACCAACGACAACAUACGACUCCGUGACGAUGGAUCGCUGGUUGUAACUCGCUCUCUUCUGAAUCCUGAAAGGGAGAUUGAGAUCAUCCAGAUCGCGACCCAAGUUAAAGAUAGUAAGAAAUUGGUCCCAACGCUCCCGGAACACAAGAAGUCAACUGAGGAUUUGACACACACAGCCAAGCUAAUCAUCACCAUAAAGCAGCACAACAACACACAUGCUCCAUAUUUUUCACAAGGUGUAUAUACCACGGGCGUGUCCGCUAUUGCGAGUAAAACCCAACAGGUUCUCGUACCAGGAUUCCAAGCAGUAGACGAGGAUGGGGACAACGUUACAUUUACCAUAAUUUCCGGCAACAUCAGGGAUACUUUCAAGAUUAACCGGAUAACUGGGAUCAUCACGUUGGCCUACGAUAUAGAUGAGCAUGUCCCUCACAUUGUAAACCUCACUGUCAAAGCAAUGGAUGAUGCUGAAAUGGUUAAGACAGGGACGUGUUUGGUUCAGAUCACCCUUGAAGGCUCAUCAAGCCGACAAUGCUAUUCUCCCUCAGAGCUGAGCCACCAGAUCGGGUCUAACACAUCACCACAGACUCAGUUCAUUGCCCCUCUUGGAGCUCUAGCAGGCCUGUUAGCCAUAGCAAUCAUCGCAUGCCUUGUCCUCUUCGUCAAACUCCGUCUUACAAACAGAAACGCUUCACCUGAGACGGUGAACCAAGACAGACACAGUGACAAAUCUCAAACAAGAAGAGAUGAAGCAUACCGGUUGUCUGGUGAUCCUGAUCAAUUUAAGAGCGGUGUGGAAAAUCGAGCAUAUGUUCCCCUUGAGAGGAGGGAUAUCCAGAGUGACAGAAAUGCCGAAUAUGAAGGAAUGCGAAACAGGCACCAGGACAGGAACAGCGACUUAUCUCAAGGCAGAAGAGCUGAUUAUGAAGCCGACCGGGGACCUGGUGGUCACAGACGAUUAUCGAACCAAGAGAACAAUCCAGCAUAUGUUCCCCAUUACACGAGACUUAAUCAGAGCGAAGGUAACGCCGCAGAUGAGUCAUUGCCAAAACGGUACCAGGACAGACACAGCGACUUAUCGCAAGGCAGAAGAGCUGAUUCUGACAACGAAGCUCAACGGGCACCUACUGCUCACAAUCGAUUUUCGAACGAAGUGAACAACCCAGGUUAUGUUUCCCAUGACAGGAGACGUCAUCAGAGCGAAGGUAACGCCGCAGAUGAGUCAUUGCCAAAACGGUACCAGGACAGACAAGGCAGAAGAGCUGAUUCUGACAACGAAGCUCAACGGGCACCUACUGCUCACAAUCGAUUUUCGAACGAAGUGAACAACCCAGGUUAUGUUUCCCAUGACAGGAGACGUCGUCAGAGCGAAGGUAACGCCGCAGAUGAGACCAUGCCAAAAUGGUACCAGAACAGACACUGGGAUUUAUCGCAAGGCAGAAGAGCUGAUUCUGACAACGAAGCUCAACGGACACCUACUGCUGACAGUCGAUUUUCGAACGAAGUGAACAACCCAGGUUAUGUUUCCCAUGACAGGAGACGUCAUCAGAACGAAGGUAACGCCGCAGAUGAGACCAUGCCAAAAUGGUACCAGAACAGACACUGGGACUUAUCGCAAGGCAGAAGAGAUGACAAUGAAGCUAAUUGGGGAUCUGCUGGUCAAAGGCGACUUACGUCAGGAGAGAACAAUCCAGGUUUUGUUCCCCAAGAAAGGAGUAUGACGAGAACACUUGCAUUGCCGAACCAACCACCGCGUGAGCCCCGCCCAGUCAGCGAUGAACAGCUAUACCGGGGAGAAACAUAUUACCGAGGUCCUCCAGGGCACCGCCGAUUUGAUAGCCGUUUCUGAAAGUUUAAGAAAGAAAUAUAGACAUUGGCUACUUAUGUAGUGAACAACGUCGAAUUCAGGUUAUGGUUGUGUAAUCGUGUGUUUGAUUGCUCUCCGCCGAUGUGAUGAUCUGUGUUAAUCUUGCUGCGGAUUUGGGACUCAUUUGCAUAUACUCUACAGGAUAAUGUUUUUUUACAGCAUGUUAUAUUUCGGUUCACACAUUUUCUAGUUCAUGUGUAGGUUGCGUCGGAUCAGGGAUUCGAGCCCUCACUCUGAAUAAGCACCUAAUCGCCAGUACACAAAAUCAGUGAUCUAACAACUCAGCCACUGUCGCCUCCGGACAAGAUGGACGUCUGAUAACCGGUAGCCUUGACAACUAUUUUUGUAUAUAUCUGUGAUAAAGGGACGGCCUAUUCGUUGAUUUAUCCAUAUCGAGGAACUUUAAGUAUUCUUUGUUAUUCACAAGAAGUCCCCAAACUAAUAAAAUUAAAAACUACUUCUAAAUAACCGUGAUUGUACUACAUGAAUAGAUGCGUUCCGUAAUAUUGUCGUAUCAUAUUGAUCUUGCUAGUGGUUUGUAUAUAUUACACAUACGAGGAAUAUUAUUCGUGCUAAGAUAUUUGUCAUGUUUCACAGUAUUCAUUCGUCAGGCAUUUUUUAUAUUUUAAAAAAAUCAGUAAACUAGAACACGGUGUCAUGUGCUAUUUCCCAUAUUGACUUGUACCAAUAUUCCAAUGUACCGAUGCGAUUAAAACACUCCCGCUUCAACUGGGUCGCUGA